AUGGAAUUUGCUUUUUUUCUUUUUGUAAAUCCUACCUCUGGUGGAAAUCGGGCAGGUGUGUAUUUAUAAUUAGAUGCAGAAACAAUAAAGUUUAAUCUGAAUCAAAAACCUAUUAAUGUUUAUUUUACAAGUCUUCAUUAGAAAGACUAGGUGGAAAUGAAUCUAAGAAGAAUCAAAGAAUUCUAAUAGAGAAAUGUUUAAGUCAGAGUUAUUGUAUGCGGUGGUGAUGGCACUGUUAUGUGGGUAGUAGAUGAAAUGCAUAAACAUAGUGUUGACUUUGCCAAUUGUCCUAUAGGAAUUAUACCUUUUGGAACAGGAAAUGAUUUCUCAAGAGUCUUAGGAUGGGGUGGAGAUACAGAUGGAGACUUAGGAGCUUGUUUAAGAAACUUUAAACAGUAAAUAUCUCAAUGGCUCAAUGCUAAAAUACAUGAUUUUGAUCUAUGGGAAAUCAAUAUUAGUGUAGAUAUGCAAACUGGAUUAUUUAAAAGAAUUAAGAAACAAGGAGACUUAUUCCAAAAAGAAGUUCUACAAAAAGACAAGGAUGUUUUAAAAUAAUUAGAUAAAAGAAUGUCUAAUUAUUUUUCUAUCGGAGUUGAUGCUCGUAUUGGAUAUGGUUUUGAUAAAAAAAGAACUUAGUCAGCGUGCUGUAAUAAAUGUGUUUACUUUUGCGAAGGACUUAAAAAAAUGUGCCUCAAGAAUCCAACUACAAAUUAAGUAAUUGCUGGAAUGCAAAUUUUGAAGGAAUAAAAUGUCACUAUUGAAUAAAUUAAUAAUAUCCCCACUGAUAUAUUAUUCAAAACAAAAGGUACAAAUAUGAGAGAAGAUCAACAACCUCUUAAUGAGUCUAAGUUUAUAUUAAGUGGAGAUCCUAUUACAUUACUAUGUUUAAAUAUAUAAUCAUAUUCUGGUGGAGCUGGAGCUAUUUGGGAUAAUUGCAGAGGAAAGGUAGCUGUCAAAGAAGGUACUUAGAAACUCUAAGAUAAUUUCGUCCCAUAGGAUUUUGGUGAUGGCAAAAUUGAAUUCGUGGGCUUUAAUUCCAUGAUAGGAAUGGCUAAUGAAAGGUUAGAAGAUCAUCCUAUGUUGUAGAUUUAUUCAUGGAAAUGCUGUUAGAGUUGCAUAAGGUGAAGGACCAUUUUUGAUCUCAUUUAAAAAAAACGUUUCUCCUUACUUUUAGAUUGAUGGAGAAUAUUUUUAAGCUGUAAAUCCGAUUUUUGCUCUGUUAAAAAGAUCUUCCAUACGUAUUAAAGUUCUAAUGAAAACACAAAAUUGA